AUGAAGACAGUUAUAUCGGCCGACGAAUUUGGCACUGGUUAUAAUAAGUCAUCAACACUAAAAACAUUUGAUGUGACACUGGAGGCGUUAAAAACUAAACUUAAUUUACUAGAAGUAUUUUGGGGUUACAAUGAAAUUUGUGAGAAAGAAGUCGGACAGGAAGUUAGCGCUCUCAUUUUAGCCACCUGUUCUGCAACUGUGGAACGUUUCUCAGUCACAUAUGCUGGCCGGCCAAUCACGGGAGAUGCCGUAGUAACCACAAGUGCACAAACGAUGCCUGAAGCCACUGUACUUGUUCUACUCUCUUGUAUCAUAUGCACUGAUGACAGCUCACCAAUGUCCACUUUUGAUGAUGAAGUCUGUAAAGGCAAAAUUGUCUGUAGGAUCGACGGGAACUCAUUUAUAAUUAACGCAGAAAAUGAAACAAAUCCGACUUUAAGUGAUAGCUCAGCUAGUGUUGCCGCUCUACCUGUCACCAAUACAACUGCAUCAGCUCUAACAACAAAAACAUCUUUGAGUUCUUGUUUUACUAUAACAAAAACCUGGACGACCACGGCGACAACUAAAAAAUCGGCGUCGCCACAAAUAUUUAAUGCAAUAUACAGAGAACAAAAUCAACAACAGCAAAGAACACAAACAGACGUAAACGUUAAUCCAAAAAUUCGCACGUUUCGCGUUAUUUUCGCUAACGAUGCUAAACUACAGCAACGCAACGAAAAAACAACAACAACCGCUACGCACUUCAAAAUACACAAACCAAUUUUAAUGUGUUUUAUAUGUAAAUUAUCCUUUGGUAUUACAAAAUCGUUUAGUUUGCAUGCAAGUAUUGAACACGGACUCAGCCUGCAGGAAUUGGAAAAAUAUUUAUUGUUGCAACGCGAAUAUUCGAGUGCCAUAAUCCAACGAAAUAUGGAUGAAAAACCCCAGAUAUCAUUCUUAGAACCAAUGGAUACUGCUACGUCAAGUUUAUUGCACAUUGAAUCACAACCCACUACACAUGCCAGUCGCCAAAUGACUGUGAUUGACAGAGAAGGGGAGACCGCGUUGGAAGUUAAAACUUUCACUGACAUAGUAAGCAACGAUGAAGGUGAUGAUGAUGAGAGUGAUAACGUAAAUAAUAAGACUACAAAUACCUUUGCUUCAGUAAACCAGUUCUCGGAUCCGGCCAAAAUCUCCCUCUCCACAGCUCCUGCUGCUAUGAUUUCUACCACCGUUGAUACCAGCCAAAGCCAUAGUGAUAAAAAGAGUUCAACACAGCUGCCUGAUCAUCGACAGCAUCUUAAGUAUUUUUAUGAUGAUAGUACAACAGAUGUUUGUUCGAUUUUGACAAAUUCAAAUAUUUUAACAUUAGGUUCUUCAAACUUAGAAAAAUUAAAAUCUAUUAAUACAAAUACAAACACUUCUACAACUAUAGAUGUUACCAACAACAAUACCGGCGGAUCACCUUUAAACCGCUUUAUCAUAGCAGCAGCAUGCACCAAAUCUAGCUUAACGGUUAAGCGAGCAUCAGAAAAACCUAUGGGUUCGUCGUUGACAGUUCAUAAUCUUCCAGCACCUGACAGUUUGAUCGUAACGUCUCUAUAUGCUUGCCCAUCUAACAAAACCUCACUGUCGCAAGAUGCUGAAACUUGUAACGCAAAUGAUAAUGAAAAUGAGGAUGAUAGUGAGAGAGACAGAGAUAAUGAAAUUGAUAAUGAUAACGAUAAUGAUAAUUGUAACGAUAACGGCAACGAGAAUGAGAAUGACAAUGCUAAUGAGAAUAAUAAUGAUCAUGUCAAUGAUAAUGAUAACGAUAAUGAUAGCGACAUUGAUAAUGAUGGUAUUGAUAACGUUAGCGUUAAUAAUAAUGGUAAUAGCUCUAUAACCAAAACAAUCGAGCAAAAAUCGCAUCAGAAAUUAAAUUUGGGGUCUUCAAAUAUUAACCAUAAAUCACUUUCUCUUCCUUAUAACAUUACAGCCGAUACCUUUUUAAAGCAGCGAUUACAAAAAAUUUCCACGGCAAAUGAAGGGCGUAUUUUAAAUUCGCCAGUGCAGGCGGACGGUAAUGAUAUACCUACCGAUGAUGAUGUUGAUAAAUCAGAUGCAUUGACAGCGCACUUGUCUCAGUUAUCCAUACCACACUCAUUUUCCUCACCUUUGCUUUCGCUCAAAUCAUCUGUUGUAUCAAUGUCAACUCCAGAAUCUGUCCAUCUUAAUUCCUUAGAAGCCUCCCUUCCCACCCUUAGCUCCGAGAAAAACAGCAAUAAAGCAAAAUUUUUAAAUGAGUUUCUGCAACAUCAGUUAAAUACUAUGUAUUUGCAGCAACAGUCCCUCCCGCGGCUAAUAAAUAAGCUUAGUGACACAUCCAUAGCUAUGUUUAAUACUACAUCACCACCCGCACCGACAUCAGCAGCUAAUGCCUGCCCACACCAUACCGAUUGUAAAGGUAUCGACUGCAAGUCAUGUGAACUUCUGGAAAUUCAGCAACAUUUCAAGCAGUCGGCCUCAGUAAUGCCCCAACUCUCGCCUACUGCUCCGAGCAUAGUCACUGCCGCCGCGGCAGCCGCUGCAGGUUUAGGAUUACUCUCAGCAACGAAUACCAUAUCACCACCGUCGAAUGUAAUUGUUAACUCGAGCGUGUUAACAGGAACGUUGAACCCAUCCAAUAUGGUAAGUUCGGGCCCUGGAAUCACUACAGCGUCAAAUGCCGGCAGUUUCACAAUCGGUGCCUGUUCGGAACACAUAAAUGGCCGACCCUUGGGCGUGGAUUGUGCCCGAUGUGAAAUGAUUUUAAGUUCAGCGCGAUUAAGCAGUAACAUACCAAUAUCAACGCGGAAUUCUUGCAAAACCCUUAAAUGUCCGCAAUGCAACUGGCAUUACAAGUACCAGGAAACCCUUGAGAUCCAUAUGCGCGAAAAACACCCAGAUGGAGAAUCAGCUUGUGGAUAUUGUUUAGCAGGGCAGCAACACCCCCGCUUAGCCCGCGGUGAGUCUUACUCCUGCGGUUACAAACCAUAUCGAUGUGAAAUAUGCAACUAUUCUACAACUACCAAAGGUAACCUUUCUAUCCACAUGCAAUCAGACAAGCAUUUGAACAACAUGCAAGAGAUUAAUAGCUCACAGAAUAUGGUUGCAGCGGCCGUCGUAGCGGCGGGUGGGGUGGCAACUGUUGGUGGUAAUUUGGAGGCAACAUCUAAACUGAAUUUGACAACGAGUACGAGUUCACAUCAGCAGCACCAACAACCAUCGAUCAGCAUCAAUAACAGUAAAUGCAGUAACACCGCAACUUUCACUGCCAGCAAUACCAUCAGUGGCAGCACCAAUAACAACGCUCUUACCCCAGGGGGAAAUCCAUUGAACAGUAAUGUUGGAAACGUGAACAGCAAUUCUGGUGGCCUUCAUAAGACUAAACCUUCCUUUCGAUGUGAUAUUUGCAGUUAUGAAACGUCGGUAGCACGCAAUUUACGCAUACACAUGACAAGCGAGAAACAUAUGCAUAAUUUGACGGUUUUACAAAACAACAUUAAACAUAUACAUGCGUUCACCUUCUUGCAACAACAACAACAACAACAACAACAACAACAACAAAACAGUUGUUUUAUACCAGAAGUAGCUUUGGCCGAUUUGGCCUACAAUCAAGCGCUAAUGAUACAAUUUUUGCACCAAAAUGCAGCUAUAGCUGCUUCUCAAUGUCAAAGUAGUUUGAUGCCAUCCCCCGCGUUACCAACUAGUUCGAAAGGCUUUCUCCAAAUUGUAGGUAAUAAUCAUAACGCAACCUUGAGCAAACCACAAGAGAUCUCCCCAAUUAUAAACGAAUUGCAACAGUCACCUUUCUCCACGAAACCACCAUGUAGUGACUUGGGGAGCAGUGAUGGUAGCAUGACAAUGGAAUCACCACCUUAUAUUCCAGAUCCCUGGCCUACAAUGCUUUACAGCUGUCUAGUUUGCUCAAAUUUUAACACUAACAACCUCGACGAAUUAAAUCAGCAUUUGCUCGUCGACCGUUCUCGGCAGCCGGUUAUCAGUGGGCUGACCCCGAAUGUAAUUACGAGUGCUACUGAUCCUUACGCAACUUCAUCCCUUACUGAGGUUCCGAAUAUCAAUAGUAGCGGCGGUUCUCCAGCGAUUACAACUGCUUCUGUCAAUGUUUCUUCUGCCAGCACUGCUCUGUUUUCUGACAUCAUGGUGAUACAGAAUAACAACUACAUCUGCCGCUUAUGCAACUACAAAACUAAUCUCAAAGCAAAUUUUCAAUUGCACAGCAAAACAGACAAACAUCUUCAAAAGCUAAGUUUUAUCAACCAUGUGCGCGAGGGUGGAAAGCGCAACGAGCACAAGCUAAAAUUUUAUCAAAAACAACAACAACAAAUUGGCAGCAAUAGUGUGCAAAUCAAGUGCAACUGCUGCGAUUUUUAUACAAACUCUAUUCAGAAGUUGUCUUUGCACACGCAACACAUGCGUCACGAUGCAAUGCUCUUGAUAUUUAAGCACCUGAAUUCUUUAAUUUAUGAGCAACAAAAGCACCGGCAACAGCAGGAAAAGAAACAACAGGAGCAACGUAUGUAUAGCAAAAGCAACAGCAAAGAGAAUGAAUCAUACAAAUCCUCUUCGCCAUCAUUAAAAUCGACAUCGGCAAUAACGACAACAGCGGCGGCAGGCAGUCUACCUGACGCUCCCGCUACGCAAAAUAUAUUGUGUUGUCAAGUGUGCAAUUUUAGCGCUUUAUCUUUGCUGGAAAUGUUGCAGCACGUAAAAAGUUUACGUCACCUACAAGUGGAACAGUUUGCUUGUUUGCAAAGGCGCAGCGAACAGCUUGAAAAGCUCAGUGUAGGCGAGAUGUUCAAACUUAACGAAGAGUCCUCGCCAUGCUUUGACCGAGCAAUUUGCCAGCAGCAACAAGUACAAUCGGAGCUCUUAGUUGCUGAUGAUAGUUUUGCCGACAAUGACGAGGCAAUUGAAGAUAUUAAUAUGACCAGUGGAGAUAUUAACAUAUUUUUAAAUUCAUAA